CGAGCCUCCUGUCUGUGUACGGCGGCUCGGAGGGUCACUCCGCGCCGCUCCGCCGCUCCUGCUGACGAUGGGAGACGUUCUCUGUGAAGAGCUCGAGGAUUUAGUUCAUUUCUCAGUGCACGACCUGCCGGCACGAGGCUAUGUCGUCAUGGAGGAGAUCCGACGUCAGGGCAAACUCUGUGAUGUCACGCUCAAGGUUGGAGAUCACAAGUUCAGCGCUCACCGGAUCAUUCUGGCGGCCUCCAUCCCGUAUUUUCAUGCCAUGUUUACCAACGACAUGGUGGAGUGCAAACAGGAUGAGAUCCUGAUGCAGGGCAUGGACCCCAGUGCUCUGGAGGCUCUGAUAAACUUUGCGUACAGCGGCCAUGUAGCCAUCGAUCAGCAGAAUGUUCAGUCUCUUCUGAUUGGCUCGAGCUUCCUGCAGCUUCAGAACGUGAAAGACGCCUGCUGCUCGUUCCUGCAGGAGAGGUUACACCCGAAGAACUGUCUGGGUGUGCGUCAGUUUGCAGAGACCAUGAUGUGCACAACUCUGUACGACUCGGCCAACAGCUUCCUCCAUCAGCACUUUGUGGAGGUUUCUGUGUCCGAAGAGUUUCUGGGUCUGAGGACAGAAGAGGUGCUGGAGCUGGUCGGCUGUGACGAACUCAACAUUAAAGCGGAGGAACAGGUCUUUGAGGCGGUCCUGGCCUGGGUUCAUCAUGACCGGGACCAGAGGGAGUCUCUGCUGCCUGAGUUGCUGUCAAAGAUCAGACUUCCUCUGUGUCGACCUCAGUUUCUGUCAGACAGAGUCCAGCAGGAUGAGCUGGUUCGCUGCUGCCAUAAGUGCAGGGAUCUGGUGGAUGAAGCCAAAGAUUUUCACCUGAUGCCAGAACGUCGUCCUCACCUGCCGUCCUUUAAGACGAGACAGAGGUGCUGCACAUCCAUCACAGGACUCAUCUAUGCUGUGGGAGGACUCAACAGCUCAGGUGACUCCUUAAACGUGGUUGAAGUGUUUGAUCCAAUCGGGAACUUCUGGGAGCGCUGUCAGCCAAUGAGGACAGCUCGCAGCAGAGUGGGCGUGGCUGUAAUUAAUGGACUACUAUACGCCAUUGGUGGAUAUGACGGCCAAUCGCGGCUCAGCACCGUAGAGGUUUACAACCCAGAGACAGACAGCUGGACACGUGUGUCAAGCAUGAACAGCCAGCGCAGCGCCAUGGGAACAGUUGUGAUUGACGGACACAUCUAUGUGUGUGGCGGCUACGACGGAAAAUCAUCUCUGAACUCAGUAGAGUGUUAUUCUCCAGAGACCGACAGGUGGACGGUGGUGACAGAGAUGAGUGCAAGUCGCAGUGCCGCCGGUGUGACUGUGUUUGACGGGCGCAUCUUUGUCUCUGGUGGCCAUGACGGUUUACAGAUCUUCAACACGGUGGAGUACUACAACCACCACACUAACCGCUGGCACCCUGCAGCGGCCAUGUUGAACAAGCGUUGUCGUCACGGGGCUGCAGCUCUGGGCAGUCACAUGUAUGUGGCGGGGGGGUACGACGGCUCAGGCUUCCUGAGCGGGGCCGAGGUGUUCAGCUCGGCGUCGGGUCAGUGGAGCCUCCUGGUGACGAUGAACACGCGCCGCAGCAGAGUGUCGCUGGUUGCUACGUCAGGACGCCUGUAUGCCGUGGGCGGUUACGAUGGCCAGUCCAAUCUCAGCUCGGUGGAGAUGUACAACCCCGACACCAACCGCUGGACCUUCAGGGCCCCCAUGGCCUGCCAUGAGGGGGGGGUGGGGGUAGGCGUUAUCCCGCUGCAGCCCGCCUAAACCCACCAAUCAGAGGCUGUGGAUUGACACAUUACUUUCAGCUGUAGGCGGAGAGGCGGUGCCCUUCGCUGGCGUUGACUGAGCUUCAUCAGUACAACGGCCGGCUCAGACCUGCACACUCGUGCCAGGGCUGUGAGAUGUGGGUACAAACUGUAGGGCUAGCCUGUGCAGGCUAGCUGCUAGCGUUGUGAACUGUUUAAUGUUAAAUGUUGAUUUUGUACGUGAUUCAAACGACCAACAGGAAGUCGCUUCCUCUGUAAAACAAACAAAGAAACAAAGCUGCUGAUUAGAGACACGAUGAGCGACUUCACUGGACUGAUUUAUUGAUCAGCUGUUAUCAGAGAGUGUGAUUGACAGGCGGGGAGUGAAGCAGACGUCUGUGUUUUUUAUACUGAGAACCUUUAAUGAGCUGCGGUCCACAGGGACGUCUCUUAGCGCCCCCUGCAGGCCGCUGACCGGCCUGUUCGCUGUCACACUGCUGCUGUCACUGUCAAACUUUUGUUGCUAAUCUGUUGCUAACAUGCAAAUACCAACAUAUAGGCCUGAUUGUGAACCAAUGAGAUGACAGAAACAAUUAAAUCCAUCCGGAAAACAAAGAGCCUCUAAGAGCUUGCCAGUGUGCUGUGUGAUGUCACACAGGUAGGUCCUGCUGCUCUCUGACACACCUGCUUUAAACUGCAUCUGUUUACAUUCAGCUUGUGCUGAAUGAGCUGCCAGCUGCUCCUGUUUGCACUGUACCCAUGAAUGUAAUAGAUUACUUUGAAAAAAACUAAAAGCAUGAAGAUUCUCAGGGGAGAUCUGCAGAGUCUUCUUCUCUGAUUUCCAAGAGGCUCCUCAUACCUGGUGUUGCCCUCCACCAUGAGUAAUAAACUGGUCGACAGUUAAAUGGAGGAGCAGUGUGUGUGCGUGUGUGUGUGUGUGUGUGUGUGUGUGUUGACAGCAGUGAACAUGUGCAGUGUGUCCUGAUGGGGGCGCUACAGGACAGUUGACAUGUAAAGGUUCAUCCUGUGAGGAGCAGCUGUUGUGUUCAGUAUGAAACAAUAAAGACUGAUGAUUAAUUAGGAUUAA